CAGAGAUAAUAAAAUAUCUUUCAAAUUAUCCUCGUGAAAAUACGCCAUCGAUUGAAACUUACGCAUUUUCGUAUCUAUAUAUUGAAUUUGACGGAAUGAUUAUUUCCAGUAUAACAAAAAAGAAGGAACUUUUCAUAGUCAAUUUCUUCUUCAGUGGACAAAAUCAUGUCUCAGUAUACAUUAGAAGAGAUUAAGCAAUACAAUGGUCAACAUGGGUGCCGAACGUGUAUAGUAAUUCAUGACCUCGUUUACGAUGUUACUGAAUAUUUGAAAGAUCAUCCUGGUGGUGGUGAACUGAUAUCAGAUGUAGCUGGACGUGAUUGUACAAAAGAAUUCGAUGAAUUUGGUCAUUCAAACGAUGCCAAACAAACAUUACAAAAAUUCAAAAUUGGUGAACUUGUAGAGGAAAACAAAAUUACAAAAUCAAAUAAAAGUGAAAGUCUUGCAGUAAAAAAAAGACGACGAAAAUGUCGGUUCUUCUUCUGUGCUUGAAUAUUUUUGGUCUAAACUAGCAGACUAGCAGCAUUUUAACAUUAUUAUGCAAAAUUAAUUAGUUUUAUUGUUGAACUCACGAAAUAAAGUAAGAAAAUCAAUAUAAGGUA